AGAAAGCGAAGCCCAAAGCAGCAGCUAUACAAAGAUCAAUACCAAAAAAAUGAAGAAGGAAAUAGAAGAGGAGGAGGGCGACGGCUAUGGCGCCGCCAUCCCCAUGUCGCCGCCGUCCCUCGGUCUUCCCUCCUCCUCGGCCUCGGCAUCCACCUCCGCCGCCGCUAGGGUUUUGGCCCGGCCAAUGCCCACCUCGGUCCCAGGCCUGCGGGCGCCUUCCCCCUUCGUGCGGGCCAUGGGCACCCGCGUCGACCCGCAGCCGCCGCAGCCGCUCACGGCCCCUCCCCGUCCUCGUCCGCUGCCACCACCGCCGCCGAUACCGGAGAAGCGGCGGCGGGGGCGCCCGCGCAACUGCUACCGUCUCCUCCCGCCGCCGCCGGGCUUCCACCUCGCUCCGUCCCCACGGGCACCGCCGCCGCCGGCGCUGCCUGCCCACGGCCAACCUUCCUCUAGGGGGCAUCCCUUUCCCGACCAAUUGGGUGGGCUCCAGCCGCACGUCCUCAAAAUACAUGCGGGAGAGGAUAUCGUAUCAAGGAUUGUGCAGGUCUCAAAAAUAAUUGGGAAGGCCGUCUGUGUUCUCUCAGUGUUUGGGGCCGUUCAAGAUUGCUAUCUACUCCACUCUGCUGUCAUCUUAAAUCACAAGGGUCCUUUAGAAAUCAUUCAUGUGUUUGGGUCCAUUUUGACAUCUGAUAGCCCUGGAUUUGGGUGCUUAUCUGUGACCCUUGCUUGUGGUGAUUGUUCUGUUAUCGGUGGUGUUGCAGUUGGACCUCUCAUAGCUGCAACACCUGUACAGGCAAUUGUUGGAAGCUUCCACAAUGAUGCUUUCCAGGCAAACAAGAAACCUAAGCUCAUUGCAUGUUACCCCAGUUCUCAUGUUCCCACUGGUUAUGGGAUCACACACACUGGCACUGGCUGCACACCUUACCUCAGUUCUCAGGUUGCUGUUGGCACUGGGAGCAUGUGUUGCGUCAAUUCUAAGGCUACCAUUGGCAGUCGGAGAAAACAUGAUCUUAGUUCUUGGUUUCCCAUUGGCAAUGGAAGCACAAGUCGUUCCAAUUUUCAAGUUACUGUUGGUGAUGGAAGCACACAUCACCCCAAUUCUCAUGUUACUGUUGGCAAUGGAAGCACAUGUCACCCUGAUUCUCAGGUUACCAUUGACACUAGGAGUGCGCACUGCCUCAGUUUUGAGGUUGGCAUUGGCAGUUGGAGUAAACAUGAUCCCAGUUCUUGGUUUCCCAUUGGUGUUGGGAGCACAAAUCACUCCAAUUUUCAAGUUGCUGUUGGUGAUGGAAGCACACAUCACCCCAGUUCACAAGUUACCGUAGGUACUGGGAGAAAAUAUCAAUCUGAUUCUCAUGUCGCAAAGGGUGACAGAAGCACAAGUAUCACCAAUUCUCAGUCUACUGUUGGCUAUGGGAUUAAACAUCAAGACAAUUCCCAUGUCACUGUUGGCAAUGGGAGCACAAGUAACGUCAAUUCUCAGGAUAUUGUUGGUCAUGGAAGCACACAUUACCCUGAGCCUCUGCCUGCCGUUGGUGAUGGGAGCAUGAAUAACGCCAAUUUUGUGGUCGUGGUAGGAGAUGGGAGCACAAAUAAGGGCAAUUCGCAGGACACCCUUGUUGAUGGGAACACAAGUUGCCCCAGUUCUAAGGUUUCUGUUGGCAACGGAAGCUCCAGUUACCCCAAUUCUAAGGUUGCUGUUGACGAGAGGAGCGUUCCACCCUCUGAAGGUUCCAAUCCAGAAUAUGCAUCCUUCACUGUAGUGGAACAUGGUGGACCGAGUGAGAUCGAUCUGAAGCCCUCGCAAGUGAUGGCUUAACUUAGCAACACUUUAGGUGAUUUAGCAUUAUGUUUUCCUCUGAAGACAAUAGAGAUGUACAUGUCGUGGACAUCAAAGAUGAUAUGCUUUUGUGGAUGACCAAGGUAUCUCUUGGGGCUGUAGGGAGUAGUCCAGCAGCAGUUGCGUCCUUUGUAGGGACACUGUAGUGUUGGGUUUCCCAACUGAGAAUUGCGGUGCAGUUUGUUAUAGCUUUAAUUGCUAACAGUGUUAGAUUUGUGCUGAGGUGUAUCAGAUCAGAAACUUUAACAUAGCCGAAGUAUUCGUUGCGCUGAAUUGAGCUUUAUUACAAAGGCAGUUGGUGAAAAAGGCGUAUCUGGUGCAGUAAGCAGAAUCUUGGCUCGGCUGCAAGAGAAACUGAUUAUGUGAGUAUAUGGUAGAUGCCAUGCCAUUAAACCAAUGAGUUGGAAUUGAAUGUUUGUACUAGGUAGAAAGAUGUGAUAUGUUUAGUUUAGUCCCUGUCAUUGUUUUUCUGUCUGUAACUUUGGGACGGUCGGCUCGGCUGGGUCAGUGAUGCAGCCAGCCGUGGAGUGAAGACUCUUGUAUGGUAAGGCCUUGUUUAGAUGACACUGUAGUAUUUUUGUUUUUAUUUGACAUUAGGCUUAAAAGAUU